AUGGGUGCUCCGAUAAGCUGGAAAAGCAAGAAGCAAUCAAGUGUAUCGCUAUCGACAAGCGAAGCAGAGUACGUCGCGCUAAGUCUGGCAAUUAAAGAAGGCAAGUGGGUGCAUCGCCUAUUAUGCGAGAUUCUGAAUGCCGCAGAGGACAAGCCCAGACCCGAGCUCAAGAUCAUGGAAGACAAUCAAUCGUGCAUCAAGAUGACGAAGAAUCCUGUGAACCAUGGUCGGGCCAAGCACGUCAACACCAAGUACCACCACAGUCGCGAUGAAGUCAAGCGUGGUGAUGAUACGUUGGAGUACGGUGAGACUGCGAUGAUGAUGGCGGACAUCAUGACAAAGGGACUGCCAGGACCGCGUCACAGGGAAUUGACGGCAGCGCUUGGCAUACACGCGUGCUCGCAUUGA